AUUGUAAAUUGCCCGUCGUUAAAGUCUUCGCAGAAAUCCUCCACCACAGACAGCUUCACCCAAAAAUCCUCUCAGAAGACUGACCACUCUAAAAGCCCGGAGACAGAUCAACGAAAGGACUCGCCAUUGUUAAUUCUUCAGAGAAUGGCCGUGGCAACUUCCAUCUCCUUCCUAUUCCCUCCUCUCCUCAAACCCUCCCUCUCCCACUUCCCUAAACGCCUCUUUUCCAUUCCCACCUGUUGUCUCUCCUCGAACAUAAAGUUGAAGAAGAAGCACACAACGGCUUCGGCUAUAUCCACGGAUAGGUCUGAGACUGCUACUUUGUCACAAAACGACAACGUGUUGAAGAAGACGAAGAAUACCCGGAAUGAGGAAACAGAGAAAAUAGUCCUGCCAACCAACGAGUCCUCUGAAAAGCUGCUCAGAAUCCGCCACACGUGUGCACAUGUGAUGGCCAUGGCUGUUCAAAAGCUCUACCCAGAUGCAAAGGUGACAAUUGGGCCGUGGAUAGAUAGUGGUUUUUAUUAUGAUUUCGAUGUCGAGCCAUUGACUGAUAAAGACUUGAAGAGAAUCAAGAAGGAGAUGGAUCGGAUCAUUGCUAGAAAUUUACCUCUUAUAAGAGAGGAAGUCUCAAGAAAUGAAGCCCAGAGAAGAAUAGCGGCUAUCAAUGAACCUUACAAAAUAGAGAUUUUGGACAGUAUCAAGGAGGAUCCCAUUACCAUCUAUCAUAUUGGCAAUGAAUGGUGGGAUCUUUGUGCUGGGCCUCAUGUUGAAUCUACUGGAAAUAUUGACAGGAAGGCUGUUGAACUUGAAACUGUUGCUGGUGCUUACUGGAGAGGAGAUGAAAAGAAACCGAUGUUGCAGAGGAUCUAUGGCACUGCAUGGGAGGAUGAAAAACAGUUGAAAGCAUACCUUCACUUCAAAGAGGAGGCUAAGCGCCGGGAUCACAGACGCCUUGGUCAAGACCUUGAUCUGUUCUCUAUACAGGAUGAAGCUGGUGGUGGUUUAGUGUUCUGGCAUCCAAAGGGUGCUACUGUGAGGCACAUGAUAGAAGAUUCAUGGAAAAAAAUACACAUUGAACGUGGCUAUGAUCUAUUGUAUACUCCACAUGUAGCCAAAGCAGAUCUUUGGAAGAUUAGUGGUCAUUUGGAAUUUUACAGGGAGAAUAUGUAUGAUCAGAUGAACAUCGAGGAUGAACUUUAUCAACUUCGACCAAUGAAUUGCCCUUACCAUAUUCUGGUUUACAAAAGGAAGCUCAACUCUUAUCGGGAUUUUCCUAUUAGGGUUGCUGAGUUGGGAACGGUAUAUAGAUAUGAAUUAUCUGGGAGUUUACAUGGCCUCUUCCGUGUAAGAGGUUUCACCCAGGAUGAUGCACACAUAUUUUGCUUAGAGGAUCAAAUCAAAGAUGAAAUCAGGGGUGUCCUAGAUCUUACAGAAGAAAUAUUACUGCAAUUUGGUUUUAGCAAGUAUGAAGUAAAUCUCUCUACGAGGCCAGAGAAAGCUGUUGGAGGUGAUGAUAUAUGGGAGAAAGCAACAUCUGCUCUUAGAGAUGCUUUGGAUGAUAAAGGGUGGAGCUAUGAACUUGAUGAAGGUGGUGGUGCUUUUUAUGGUCCAAAGAUAGAUCUUAAGAUUGAAGAUGCUCUAGGAAGGAAGUGGCAGUGCUCAACCAUACAGGUUGAUUUUAAUUUACCACAGCGGUUUGACAUCACAUAUGUUGAUUCGAACUCAGAAAAGAAGCGGCCCAUCAUGAUCCACAGAGCAGUUCUUGGAUCCUUGGAGCGAUUCUUUGGAGUUCUCAUAGAACAUUAUGCAGGGGAUUUUCCAUUAUGGCUUUCUCCUGUCCAAGCUCGAGUUUUACCAGUUACAGACAUCCAGCUUGAAUUCUGCAAUGAGGUGACGAAGAAAUUGAAAACAUAUGGUAUUCGAGCCGAAGUUUGCCAUGGAGAGCGUUUGCCAAAACUCAUUAGAAAUGCAGAGAUGCAGAGAAUCCCGUUAAUGGCUGUUGUGGGCCCGAAGGAAGUCGAGAUGCAAACUGUAACUAUUAGAUCUAGGUUUGGUGGAGAGCUUGGGACAUUGACGAUUGAUGAUUUCAUAAACAGGAUCAAGUCUGCCACCGAGAACAGAACCUCAUUUUGAAGUAGCUGUAGCUGGGAAGUGAUGGCAUCCCUACCCAUUUUUGUGUUCGUCUGUGCCAAUAGAUAAAACACACACCUGGAACUAUUACGUGGAUAUAUCACUUAUAAAAAAAAAACUAUUACGUGGAUAUAUAGAAACAAUGCUGAUACAUGGAUGUAGUGACUGCCAAAACAUUUUACGUGUCCCUACGUUCUUUAGUAAUCGUUAGCUGGGGAAAAUGUGUAGGAAAGUUCCCGAGGAUACAAUGUUUCUGAAGGGCACGAUAAACAAUACAAUUUACAUACCAUUUCUUUCAUUCAA